AUGGUCGUGCUGACGUCCGCCGUCAACUCCUCUCUGAAGACCGAGGAGCGGGACUGUCCCAUGUUGUACACACUGGUGGGCCAGCGCUGCCUCGCCCUCUUCUCCCCGGCCAAGGUGUGUGUUUCAGGUGUGUCUUCUCCGUCACAAAUGUCUGUUUCAGGUGUGUCCUCUCCAUCACAGGUGUCUGUUUCAGGUGUCUCCUCUCCAUCACAGGUGUCUAUUUCAGGUGUGUCCUCUCCAUCACAGGUGUCUGUUUCAGGUGUGUCCUCUCCAUCACAGGUGUCUGUUUCAGGUGUGUCUUCUCCAUCACAGUUGUCUGUUUCAGGUGUGUCCUCUCCAUCACAGGUGUCUGUUUCAGGUGUGUCCUCUCCAUCACAGGUGUCUGUUUCAGGUGUGUCCUCUCCAUCACAGGUGUCUGUUUCAGGUGUGUCCUCUCCAUCACAGGUGUCUGUUUCAGGUGUGUCCUCUCCAUCACAGGUGUCUGUUUCAGGUGUGUCCUCUCCAUCACAGGUGUCUGUUUCAGGUGUGUCUUCUCCAUCACAGUUGUCUGUUUCAGGUGUGUCCUCUCCAUCACAGGUGUCUGUUUCAGGUGUGUCCUCUCCAUCACAGGUGUCUGUUUCAGGUGUGUCCUCUCCAUCACAGGUGUCUGUUUCAGGUGUGUCCUCUCCAUCACAGGUGUCUGUUUCAGGUGUGUCCUCUCCAUCACAGGUGUCUGUUUCAGGUGUGUCUUCUCCAUCACAGUUGUCUGUUUCAGGUGUGUCCUCUCCAUCACAGGUGUCUGUUUCAGGUGUGUCCUCUCCAUCACAGGUGUCUGUUUCAGGUGUGUCCUCUCCAUCACAGUUGUCUGUUUCAGGUGUGUCCUCUCCAUCACAGGUGUCUGUUUCAGGUGUGUCCUCUCCAUCACAGGUGUCUGUUUCAGGUGUGUCCUCUCCAUCACAGGUGUCUGUUUCAGGUGUGUCCUCUCCAUCACAGGUGUCUGUUUCAGGUGUGUCCUCUCCAUCACAGGUGUCUGUUUCAGGUGUGUCCUCUCCAUCACAGGUGUCUGUUUCAGGUGUGUCUUCUCCAUCACAGUUGUCUGUUUCAGGUGUGUCCUCUCCAUCACAGGUGUCUGUUUCAGGUGUGUCCUCUCCAUCACAGGUGUCUGUUUCAGGUGUGUCCUCUCCAUCACAGGUGUCUGUUUCAGGUGUGUCCUCUCCAUCACAGGUGUCUGUUUCAGGUGUGUCCUCUCCAUCACAGGUGUCUGUUUCAGGUGUGUCCUCUCCAUCACAGGUGUCUGUUUCAGGUGUGUCUUCUCCAUCACAGUUGUCUGUUUCAGGUGUGUCCUCUCCAUCACAGGUGUCUGUUUCAGGUGUGUCCUCUCCAUCACAGGUGUCUGUUUCAGGUGUGUCCUCUCCAUCACAGGUGUCUGUUUCAGGUGUGUCCUCUCCAUCACAGGUGUCUGUUUCAGGUGUGUCUUCUCCAUCACAGUUGUCUGUUUCAGGUGUGUCCUCUCCAUCACAGGUGUCUGUUUCAGGUGUGUUCUCUCCAUCACAGGUGUCUGUUUCAGGUGUGUCCUCUCCAUCACAGGUGUCUGUUUCAGGUGUGUCCUCUCCAUCACAGGUGUCUGUUUCAGGUGUGUCCUCUCCAUCACAGGUGUCUGUUUCAGGUGUGUCCUCUCCAUCACAGGUGUCUGUUUCAGGUGUGUCCUCUCCAUCACAGGUGUCUGUUUCAGGUGUGUCUUCUCCAUCACAGUUGUCUGUUUCAGGUGUGUCCUCUCCAUCACAGGUGUCUGUUUCAGGUGUGUCCUCUCCAUCACAGGUGUCUGUUUCAGGUGUGUCCUCUCCAUCACAGGUGUCUGUUUCAGGUGUGUCCUCUCCAUCACAGGUGUCUGUUUCAGGUGUGUCCUCUCCAUCACAGGUGUCUGUUUCAGGUGUGUCCUCUCCAUCACAGGUGUGUGUUUCAGGUGUGUCCUCUCCAUCACAGGUGUCGUGGUCAGAAGCGAGACAGUUCUGCCGGGUCAUCUAUGGGGACUUGGUCAAGUUUGACAACUUAUCAGAGUUCGGACAUCUUGUGGUGUACCUGAGGGACUCAC